AUGGCUCUCAAUAAGGGAACCCUUUUCUUAGUUGCGAUCAUCAUGUGUUUUGCGGCGAAUAGCACUGCAGCAGCAGCAGCCAGAGACCUGCCGGUUCAGCCAGCAGCAGUACUAGGGUUCAACCUCACGGCGAGGCUGGAAACCGAUGGAGGUUUGAUGGGUUGUUGGAACGCGAUGGCUGAGAUAAAAUCGUGCUCGAACGAGAUUGUUCUCUUCUUCAUAAAUGGCGAAACCGAUAUAGGACCUGCUUGCUGCCAGGCCAUCAGCAUGAUCACCCACCAUUGCUGGCCGGCCAUGCUAACUGCUCUUGGCUUCACUCUUGAGGAAGGCGACGUGCUGCGUGGCUACUGCGACGCUUCCUCCGGCCCCGCCCCUAGCCCCUCGGCCGCCUCCACCUCCACGGUGGUGGCGGUUUAG